AUGAACAAAAACGAGAAAAAAUGCCCAGCCUGGGGUAAGACAUGCGAUAAUUGCAAAGGCAUGAACCAUUUCAAAUCCAAAUGUUCAAAGAAAGUACUUGCUGUUGUGUCUCAAUCGGAUGAUCAUGACCCUAAUAAUGACUUUGAUGACAAAUGGCUUUUCGCCAUUAAUGAUGAGGAAACUGGAGUCACAGCAAAUCUCUUUCUCAAUGACGGCGUAAGACGUCUUUGUGGCAUGGCUCCAUACGUAUCCAGAUUCAUUUCAAAUCUUGCAGAAUGCGAAGAAGCAUUCGGCACUCUCAAGGAAAAGCUGUUUGAAUCUGCAUGCUUGGCUUAUUUUGAUCCUUCAGUGGAAAUUGUAAUCCAAGUCGACAGCAGCCAGCAUGGCAUAGGUGCAGUACUUCUUCAAGACGGACGUCCUAUUGAGUAUGCUUCACGUGCACUGACGAUAUCGGAGAGGAACUGGGCUCAGAUUGAGAAGGCUGUGCUGAACGGACUAGAUCGUUUCGAUCAGUACACUUAUGGUCGGGCAGUGACGGCAGAGAAUGACCACAAGCCCCUGUCAGCAAUACUCCGCAAACCUCUGAGCACAGCCCCUAAACGCCUUCAAGACUUGAUGAUGCGCUACAAUCGCUAUGAUGUCAACUUUGUGUUUGUGACGGGAUCUGAGCUUCAUCUGGCUGACACAUUAAGCAGAGUUCACCUCAACUCCAAUGGUCACAAACACGACAACCGUGCCCGAAUCAUGAACGUCAACAUAUUCGGUAACAUUCCUGAUGCUCACCUGGAAGAAAUACAGGAAGCAACGAAGAAAGACAACGGUCUACAAGAUACAAACAAUUGUCUACAAGAUGUAAUGGAACUAGUGAUGAACGGAUGGCCAGGUGGAAAACGCAACAUUCCUCCCUCAGCAUUGCAAUAUUUUGACAUGUGUGACACUCUAUCUGCAGCUGAUGGCGUACUCCUUAAAGGCGAAGGUAUAGUCAUCCCCCAAUCUUUGAGGUCAAGAAUAAGGAAGAGGCUACAUAGCUCUCACCUCGGUGCUGACAGUAUGCUCCGACUAGCACGAGGAUCUGUAUUCUGGCCCGGAAUGGCCAGCGACAUAAGGCAAUUGGCCGACUCAUGUGAAGCCUGCCAAGAAAUGAAGCCAAAGAAUCAACGUGAGCCUCUCAAGCAACACAAGGAGGGUGACGAACCCUGGCAAAAGAUUGGAAUUGACAUUUUCCAAAUUGUGGAUAAGUACUACCUAGUAACUGUUCAUUACUAUUCUACAUUUAUCGAGGUUGAUCUCCUCAGUACUCAAACAAGCACUUGUGUAAUUAACCUACUCAAGAGUCAUUUCGCUCGAUACGGAAUCCCCAGGAUGAUUGUAUCGGACGGUGGCCCACAGUUCUCCAGCUCUGAAUUCGAUUUGUUUGCUAAAGCCUGGCAUAUCAUCCACGUGACUUCAUCACCCAUGCACCAGCAGGCAAAUGGAAAAGCUGAAGCAGCCAUGAAAUCCAUGUAG